AUGUUAAAAUACAAAACAAUUAUAAAUAAAAUCACUAGUGAAAAACAUGAUAUUGAUCUUAAUAAAAAACAAACAACAAAACUUUCUUCAAUUGAAUUGGAUCAAGAUGAUUGGAAGAUGUUAGAAUUAAUUAAAUUUGUUUUGAAGUCCUUUGUACAUGCAACAGAACUUGUAAGUGGUAGUCAAUAUCCAACCAUUGGUAUUAGUUAUUUUGCCAUUUUUCAAAUUCGAGAAUUUCUCGAAGUUGUCCAUGACUGUAGUGUUAAUGAUUGGUAAAUAUUAUAUCAUUUAAAAUCUUUAUUGCUAAAAAAAUUACAAAAAUAUUUUAUUGAUAAUGAUGUACAAUUGGAAAUUAUGAAAGCAAGAUUUUUUUAAAUUUUAAUAUUCAAUUGAAAAUAAAUCUCUUUUAUUUCAAGACGUACUCCUAUUUUGAUCCAAUUGGUUACGGUUGUUUAAUAAGAAGAAAACGACGAGCAUGUGAAGUUUAUAUUAUUGAGUUAGAAGACAAUCCAGCGAGGUAUGAUAUUUUUAUUAUUAUUUUAUUUUAUUUCAAGAAUUUC